CAUUGACUUCCAUUUGGCAAUAUUUAACCCGCCAACGUCAGUCCUGAAGCCCUCCUCCGUAUUAGCACACCUCAAACCACAAAUACACACCAACUGCAAAACUCGUCAUCCCCACGACAACAAUCUCUCGACAAACAAAUCGAGCCGAUCGCUAAAGGAGCCCUCUACUCGACUCACUCGACUCUCUUGCAAAACAAAGGCACCUUACACCCACAUCGUUUUGCGUCAGCACAGACGAAACGUCAUCAACUCCUCCAGGGACCCACAGCCCACACAACAACACUCGUCAAGUCCUCAUCACAAAAAUCACAACCGUCAAGAUGUCUGACUGGGAGCCCGCCGUCAAGAUUGGUAGCAAGGCCCGUGGCGGCGCGACACAGAAGGAGACCGUCGUGCGAGGCAAGGGCGCUCUGAACGCCGCCCAGCGCAGCGGUGCCAUCAUCGGCCAGGAGAAGAAAUUCGCUGUCGGCAAUGCCGCCAAGGGCAACACCGAGGGCCAGCGCCAGAAGAAGCUCGACGAGAACCCAGACAUCAUCAAGCCCAAGACCGUCGGCAUCAAGGUCGGCAAGCUGAUCCAGGAGAAGCGCAACGAGCUGGAGCCCAAGAUGACCCGCGACCAGCUCGCCAAGAAGUGUAACACCACCUCCAACAUCCUCGGCCAGUACGAGGCCGGCACCGCCCAGCCCGACCAGAAGAUCCUCGACGCCCUCGAGCGCGCCCUCAACGUCAAGUUGCGGGGCGCCGCUAUCGGGGAGCCCAAGUUCAAGCCCAAGGGUGACAAGAAAUAAAAAAGUGUUUCCCCUCUGCUUGGGUCUGCAAGACCAAACCUCCCCUUCUACAUCCACAUCGAGCGGAGUGGGUCAAGAGAAGAGAGUAUGGCUCAGUCCCCUGGUUGUCCGCGGCCGGCGGGUCUGCUUUUGGUCGGAUGGAGGGUUGCUUUGCUUCUGGCUGAACAAAGAGCUUGGCUAUGAGUUGCCCUGUUUUAUUUUUAUUUUUGGCGUAUGAUCUGGGAACGGAGAUACGAGAGAUCUGAACCGGAGGUCUUGGAUCAAAUGUGGUUCAAGGAAGUUUGGUUGGAGAUCUCUAUUGAGGUCUGCCUGCCUGCCUCGGGAGAGGUCAGUCUGAAGCACAGCGGAGGUAGAACCCUCGUUGCAUAUUCUUUUUCCAACGGAGUGCCGAGGCUAGAAUGGUCUUUUAGAAGAGACUGGGAAUAGAAUUUUGAUCAUCCCAAACCCC